GUCUCCCACAGGGUCACGUCACAUUACCCAUUGACCAUAAAAUAAAAAAUAAAAAAGGCAGUCCGGACUCUUAUUUGCAGGUGCAAACACCAAACUUGGCGAUGAAUUGUGCUUAACAAUUACAUCAUAGAUUUAGCUACCAUAUUAUAUUCAAGGGUCUAGCCAAUUAUGUCACAACCCCAAAACCCCCGGCAUGUAUACACAGAUCAUGAAGAACUCCACAGCUGCAUAUCAUGGAUUUGGGCAAAAAUAUAACACAGAUAUAAACGUACCCUUCAGUAUAGAUGAUGAGUAGGUGUUUGUGAGGCGGCCAGCUGGAGGCCGGGAGGAGGCAGUACGUGGCGCUGCGGACACACCCGAGAGGUGUCCAGAACUUGCUGUGGAUGGUGCCCGAGGCAGAGUAGAGGUGGAGUUCAGUCUCGGAGACCUUGAGGAUGUACUGCCCCGUCAACUGGAGCUUGUCGGAGUGGUUGGUGGGAGAUACGUUGACGUUGAACUCAAAUGUCCGGUUGUCGACAGGGAAACGGUUGAGGAUCCGGUCCAAGUGGACCAUCCAUUGGCUCUUCUCUUCCUCUGUCAGAGUACUCAACUGGUACCGUUCUCUGGGGGUCACUACCAUGAACGUGUAUUUGGCCCGUGUGAUUGUAUGCUGUUUCCCGCUGGUGACACCGAGAGCAUUAGUGAGGGGAAUAGUCAUCCACGGAGAGCCUGGCAUUCUCCUGUUGCCGUGGAUAUGGUACAGCUCGAGUCUCUUGAAUCCUGACUUGCUCUCGAACUUUAGCUCAGCCCUGCAUUUCUGACACGUGGCCUGAGCUCCGGGUUUGUACAGCAGUACUCCACGAAAGAAAACGUCGCCUCUCUCCUCCUUUUCGCUCAUGUUCAGACAGCUCUUUCGCUCGGACAACUGCGUGCAGUCAGUCGACUCUCGCCACUCCCCGAUCUUCGCGAAGCACUGCGCUAUACCUCGCUGCUGCGGUUGCUAAAAGGGAAGCUAUAACGGUGAUUACAACACUACGGAAUUUUCCCCAAGUCUCUCGCGGAGGUGGUAGCGCACUACCAUGUCCAGGAGCUCCAUUUAACGCUCACCCAGGGCCAGUGGCGGACGAGGGUCUGGGGCUACCCCGCCCACCCCGCUCCUCCCGGGGCGGAGCUGUGGGCGUGGUUUCUGCCGGAAGCAGACUCCGAAAAGGAGUGGCCAGGUCUGGUAGACGCAAUGUCUGGUCUCCUAGGAGCUCAUCUCAAUGCUAUUGACUCCGCCUCCUCCUUCCAGCCGCUCGUCUCUUUUCGACCAAAUGGAGCCAUCCUCAGUAAAGACAUGAGCAACAGCUCAGCUUUGCUGCGUUAUGCUGCGUUGCCACGGGAGACGGUGUGCACCGAAAACUUCACUCCCUGGACGAAGCUCUUGCCCUGUGGAACAGCCGCUGGUCUCGGGGAGCUGUUUGAGGCUGAGUCCCUUUAUGACUGUGACUAUCACUCCCUCGGUCUCCACUUCACUCCCCACUGUCUCGACGAUGGGUGUGGCCAGGUGGGAGUGAGACUUUCUCUGACCCUGACGGUUGUGUUUCCGCCCCCCGUGACAUCCAACCCCUCUAUUCUGGAAUGGAGUUUGAAAUCUCUCUUUCAUCGACCUUUGACUUCUGCGUGUCCCCUUGCGUUUUCCAGCACCGUCACCGUGGAAACAAACAGCAUUGACGGAGUGCAAGUGUCUCUGUCCCAGACCCCCUCUCUGACUGGGACAGUGGAGGUGGCUGGUCGCAGGAGAGACCGAGCUGUGUUUGACCUCCACUCCCUCACCAACUCCACAACCUCCAAGCCCCUCCCCCCUCUCUCUGUCUCCUCAUCUUCCUGGGCCUACCACAUAAUGCCGGAGCAACCAGAGCUCCUGGUAAGUCGUCAUCUGGUGGGGUCAGGUCACGACUGGGGUGGCCUCGCCACGGAGAUCACAAACUCCGCCCCUCACACCGUAGAGGUGCUCUAUUUGGAGAUGGUUCCCUGGUUCUUCCGCCUCUAUCUCCACACACUCUCCGUCUCUCAAGCCACAGUUCUGAGUCAGCACUAUGUCCCAGCCAAGGACAGGAGGAGGGCCCACAUGUUGGAGCUUCGUCUCUCCCUCCCUCCCCUCUCCACCUCCUACCUAUCUCUCCAAUUCAGGAGAGCUCAUCUCAAGUGGACCGAACACAAGCCAGACGCUCACCACGGCUUCUAUAUCAACUCUGCAGUGAUCACUACAGUACUGUCUGAAUGCCCCAACUGCACAUCUCUAGCAGCUCAAGAUCAAGAUCUGGCAGUGUUGCGGCUGUACUCUGAACCCCUCCUGGUGUCCCUCCCGACCCCCGACUUCUCCAUGCCCUACAACGUCAUCUGCUUUGUGUGCACCGUCAUCGCCAUAGCGUUUGGCUCCGUCUUCAACCUCACAACACGGACACUCCAGCCAGCUGCCGCUGCCAAAGAAAAGCUCCUAACAAGAAUUCUAAGACGUAUUGGUGUUCUCAGUAAGCAGAAAUCAGAUUGAAUCCUAAAGUAAUG